AUGAUGGACAAUCUCCUGUGUUGUGAGGUGUAGGAAAAGGGGAGGCUGAGGGGUGUGUCCCACUUGUCUUCACGUUCCCCCUCCCCUCCGUCCUCCUCUGUGUUUUGGAUCUUGUCUGGGGCCUCAUCCCAAUGAUAUGUUUUUCCUGAUAAAUCUUUCAGUGUGUGCUAAAACUAUGGGCAGUACAUCCAGCCAAACGCUUCAUGCUAUGUGCGCUGAAAGAAGCCAUAGAAGAGAUUUACUCAUCGAGUGUGACGAGCACAACGCUGUUAUUUUUAUGUAAAUUUCUUUUUUGUCCCGAACGGAGGGGAUUUUAAGGAAUGAAUCAUGGCACUUCUGAGCGAUGUCACGUGGAGUUUUUUUUUAUUGAAAGCUGCAGUAUUUGUUUUAUCUUUACAUAUUAAACCACAUAUUCCCUGUUUUUAAAUCAGGACUCUCAUCAUAAUUUAAGUGCACAAUGCUGAGGCCCUGUCUUGAAUAGUGGAAGGGUCAGUUUAGUUCAGACACACGUGUGGUAUGUAGGGCUAUGUAUGUUUUGACCAUUCAUUUUAAAUGAAUCAGGUAGUUUGUGUUCUUGAUUCAUGUCAUCAUAUAUUUCUUCUUGAUUCAUAUUCUUGGCACAUAUGACCUGUGUGAUGAAUCAACUCACCACGACUCAUGAUGAAAAAUCAUCUGUGAUAUUUUGUGUGUCUAUUCAUGCAGGCGUUGAUUUCAAAGUGAAGACCAUUUCAGUGGAUGGGAACAAGGCAAAGUUGGCAAUAUGGGUAUGUAUUCUUCUGUCCUCUGAAAACUUAGUAGAAAUUCAGACUGGUAAGGAACUGGCUUGGUAUGCCCUUGGUAUGCACAUCCUCCUAGGUAUGUGUGUUUUUUUAAGGUUUAGUAAAGAAAAUAAUCACAUUGCUGAAUUUCCAUUAGUUCUGCUUAAAAUGUUAUUCACUAAACGUCCACAAGAUAGCGCUCAUGUACAGCAUUCUGAGCACCGACCAUCAAUGAAAUGGCAGUCAAAUGUUUCUUUAGGCUUUAGUCCUGGUCCUGCAUCACUUUUUAUGGUUCUGUCCUAGUCACCACCAUAUCUUCCUCGACAUGUGUCCAGAGCUCAAUAGCUGAGAGGGUUAUGGUUGUGUUUUGAUGUGUCCAGAGCUGUAAUGGUUAUGGUCCAGACUCCAGAGCUGUAAUGGUUGUGUUUUGCAGGACACGGCUGGCCAGGAGCGUUUCCGAACCCUGACGCCUAGUUACUACCGGGGCGCGCAGGGAGUCAUCCUGGGUGAGCAAACAACUUCAUCAUUCAGACGCUUUAGACAUAGUCAGUCACCGCUGUUCCAGACAGCCACCAUAAAGACAGUGAUGGAUUUUCAUCCUGUCCUGUCCACUUCCUUACUCUCUGGAACAGACUUUACUACUCUUAACGCUAAAGCAGACAUCCUCCAAAGCACACAAUGUAUGUGGAGGCUAUGAUAGUGUGGUUAACACCACGGGUGAAGUAGAGCUCCCAUUCAAAAUGAAAGUAGGUAUCUUUUUCCUCAUCAUAGAGUUGCAGAAUUCCCUGAUUUUCCAGAAAUCAUGGUUGAAAGUUCCCGGAAUCAGGAGGGAAAUUUAGCAGGAUAUCUAGGAAUCUUCCAACCGGGAUUUCUGAAAAACUGGAAUUUGGUGAAACUUACUGGAAUUUUGCAACCCUACCUCUUCAGUUCAGUUCCUAUUAAGCCCAGGACCAGUGUUGUAACUCACUAUGUUGAUACACAGCUCAGGGCUGUGACGGUCAUGAAAUUUGGGAUAAUGGUAAUUGGAUGACAGUAAUUGGACAGCCCCCCUACGGCCAGUCAGUCUUCAGUCAGCUGUUCGUUCCCCAACGGUUAUGAGAGUGCCAGCCCUAAGCAUAGGCCUACUCAAUUAUAUAACACUUAACACAUUAUUGUGUUAUGUGUCAGGGUAGCUUGAAACAUGGUUUGAAAGGUGUGGUCCUCUGUAGCUCAAUUGGUAGAGCAUGGCACUUGUAACGCCAGGGUAGUGGGUUCGAUCCCCGGGACCACCCAUACGUAAAAAUGUAUGCACGCAUGACUGUAAGUCGCUUUGGAUAAAAGCAUCUGCUAAAUGGCAUAUUAUAUUAUUAUUAUAUUAUAAAGGUCAAAUAUCCCUCCUCAGUGACAGUAUGUCCUGCAGCCUUCUGGUGACAGAAGAAAUCAAAUGUUUCUGACCGAGCAUCUCGUCUCUUAUCUCUCCCUCAGUGUAUGACGUAACGCGACGGGAUACUUUCACCAAGCUGGACAACUGGCUCAAUGAGCUGGAGACGUACUGUACAAGGAAUGACCUCGUCAAGAUGCUGGUCGGGAACAAAAUUGAUAAGGUGAGUCUGUUUAUUAUUAUAUAUAUAUAUAUAUAUAUAUAUAUAUAUAUAUAUAUAUAUAUAUAUAUAUAUAUAUAUAUAUAUAUAUAUAUAUAUAUAUAUACUGAACAAAAAUAUAAACGCAACAUGCAACAAUUUCUAAGAUUUUACUCUAAGAUUUUACUUAUUAAUUUGGCUCUAAUCUAUGGAUUUCACAUCACUGGGCAGGGGCCCAGCCAUGGGUGGCCUGCGAGGGCAUAGGCCCACCCACUGAGCACCCAUGUCCACUCACUGGGGAGCCAGGCCGUGCCAAUCAGAAUGAGUUUUUCCCCACAAAAGGGCUUUAUUACAGACAGAAAUACUCCUUAGCACCCCCCCUCCCCCUCCUCCUCCUCAAACGAUCCCGCAGGUGAAGAAGCCGGAUGUGGAGGUCCUGGGCUGGUGUGGUUACACGUGGUCUGCGGUUGUGAGGCCGUUAGACGUACUGCCAAAUUCUCAAAAAUGACUUUUGAGGCAGCUUAUGGUAGAGAAAUGAGCAUUAAAUUCUCUGGCAAUAGCUCUGGUGGACAUUCCUGCAGUCAGCAUACCAAUUGCACACUCCCUUAAAACUUGAGACAUCUGUGGCAUUGUGUUGUGUGACAAAACUGCACAUUUUAGAGUGGCCUUUUAUUGUCCCCAGCACAAGGUGCACCUGUGUAAUGAUCAUGCUGUUUAAUCAACUUCUUGAUAUGCCACACCUGUCAGGUGGAUGGAUUAUCUUGGCAAAGGAGAAAUGUUCACUAACAGGGAUGUAAAUGAAUUUGUGCACAACAUUUGAGUGAAAUAUGUUUUUUGUGACUAUGGAACGUUUCUGGGAUUUUUUAUUUCAGCUCAUGAGAGAUGGGACUAACACAUUACAUGUUGCGUUUUAUGUCUUUGUUCAGUAUACAGUGUGUCAGAUCAGAGUGGUCUGGAAUCAGAGAGAAAUGUGUUAGUUGAUACUUUACAGGUAACAAUGGUUUCCCUCUUCAGAAUGUCAACACAUACUUUAUUGCCUACAUUAUACAAUUUGUGGAAUGCUUUCUGUUUAAGUUUGAGGGUAACACUUUACAUCAAGUUUAUUUUAUAGCUGUGUAGUAAUCCAGUAAAUACUACAAUAACAUUGUUACUACAUGGGUAUGUUACCAAUUUGAGCUGGAAUGUAUUGUUAAUAAUAUUACCUCCCCCAUCCAGUUGUGUCCCAUUAAACUGAACUGAGAGAAGAGGUCUUAGUGUGCAUGCCCUCAUCAUAUUUUAACACAGCCCGAGCCCAUGUGGCCCACAGCAGUGUUUUAAAAACACUCACAUGUUCCACCAAAUGUUUUCUCUGAGUUUAGUUCCAUAAGUCUGUGUUCUUUUAAAACAUGUCAUUAUAUUGAAAUGUAUCCUGCUGCCUCUGUUGUAUUAUUGUCAUGCUCAUCUUCCACCAUUAUUUGUCCUUGGUUGUUGUUGUUGACCCUGUAGUAGUAACUUGAGUAGACAUAAUGGACAGUACUGUGUAGUACUAUGCUGUGUACUAGCCUUUGUCUGUGGGACUGACUGGACUCCUAUGUUUCCUGUAUUCCCAGCCCAGUCAUAUUCCCCAUAGCUGACGGGUAUGCCGGACAGACCUCAUAAAAGAUGACUAUUCUUUGUUUUAGGAAAACCGUGAACUAGACAGGAACGAAGGCCUGAAGUUUGCAAGAAAACAUUCCAUGCUCUUUAUAGGUAAGCCAGGAGCUGGGAGGAUUCCCCUCUCUUCUCCCAUCUCGGACCCGACCCGGGGCAUGAGUUAUCGCAGACUGUUAUGCAGGGGAUCUGCUUUUUAAAUAUCUCUCAUACUUGGAUUGUAAUGUUUGCCUAGUUCUAUUUUUAACUUUUUGUCCUCUAUCUAACGUCUUUCAUAGUGAUUCAUGGCCAAACCCCCCGCUCUUGUGGACCAAUUUGUCAGGAUUUAUUUGAAUAUAGCAAUUUAAUGACUUUUUGAAAUUAGUGUAUAUUUACCAUGCUUUUGCCUGCAUUUAGUAUUACAUAUUUUAGAUCAUUUUCAUAUGAUAACCAUACACUCUGUGUUAUAGAGCAGUGAGACCAAGAUUGAAUUAUUUAUGCAUGUUAUUAUUUAUUCCAAUCAGAACAUAAAUACCUUCUACCAAUCCUGAGAUACGGCUGUUGUAGUAACCGCGUCAACUACUUUUUCUCUCCACUUUAAGAAACAAAAUGUUUGACCACUUUCCCAACAAGUAAGACAACAACCUAGUGUAUGAACUCUUUGUCUAUGUCUUUGCUAUUCCAAUCAGCAAUCAGAACAGAAAUAACUUCUACCAAUCAAGAGCUACGGCUAUUUGAAUAACCUCAAACUUAUUUCUAUUUUCAUUUUAACUAAAAUAACUUCCCGAUGUUGAAAUGAUAAAAUUAUAUCACAGGGGAGCACAUUCUAAUUAAGCAAUAAGAGGCUGUGCUGUGUCAUGAAUAUAGUCACGGGUAAAUGGCGUUGUUGGGCCCUAUGCGCAGGGGAGGCGCACAAAUAAUCUUCUGGAAAAUUACCCUUUCUGGUUUCAGAAUAUUUUCAGCGUCUUGCGUUGCGAUUGCAGCUGUGGAGUUCAGUAGCUAGAUGAGAUGAAGAAGCAGCCAGUCACUGACAGUUGUUAUGUCUGUAUCCUUUCUUCCUCCUCUCUCACUCUCUUUUUCUGUCUCUCUUCCUCCUCCUCUUCUUUCUCUCUCUGGUGUGGGCCAGAGGCCAGUGCUAAGACGCGAGAUGGGGUGCAGUGUGCGUUUGAGGAGCUGGUUGAGAAGAUCAUCCAGACCCCGGGACUGUGGGAGAGCGAGACGCAGAGCCGAGGAGUCCAGCUGGGCGGGCAGGACCAUGCUGCAGGGGGGAGCUGUGGGGGCUACUGCUCCCUUGUGUAG